CUCCUCUCCUAUGUGAGAGCCCAUAUAUGCACCACUCCCUUGAGAUAACCUAACCACACAACAUAAACCAAUCUCUCCCUCACUCACUCAAACAAAUGGCGAAAUCUCCAGAGACAGAGCAUCCGAACAAAGCCUUUGGUUGGGCUGCCAAAGACAAAUCUGGUGUACUCACUCCUUUCCAUUUCUCCAGAAGAGACAAUGGUGACAAUGAUGUGACAGUGAAGAUCUUGUAUUGUGGAGUGUGCCACACUGAUUUACAUACCAUCAAAAACGACUGGGGCUUCUCGUAUUAUCCUGUAGUUCCAGGGCAUGAAAUAGUUGGAAUAGCUACAAAAGUUGGCAAAAACGUGACUAAAUUCAGAGAAGGAGACCGUGUAGGAGUAGGAGUGAUCACUGGUUCUUGCCAAUCUUGCGAAUCUUGUAACCAAGAUCUUGAAAACUACUGUCCCCAAAUGUCUUUCACCUACAACUCCAUAGGAUCCGAUGGAACCAAGACCUACGGUGGAUAUUCGGAGUCCAUUGUGGUCGAUCAACGUUUUGUCUUGCAGUUUCCCGAGGGAUUACCUAGCGAUUCGGGUGCCCCCUUGCUGUGUGCUGGAAUCACUGUGUAUAGUCCAAUGAAGUAUUAUGGUAUGACCGAGCCUGGGAAGCAUUUGGGUGUGGCUGGACUUGGUGGGCUUGGUCAUGUUGCUGUCAAGAUUGGUAAAGCCUUUGGUUUGAAAGUCACUGUGAUUAGUUCUUCUCCUAGUAAAGAAGACGAAGCCAUUAAUCGACUUGGUGCUGAUUCGUUUCUUGUCUCAUCUGAUCCUCAGAAGAUGAAGGCUGCAAUUGGAACAAUGGACUAUAUUAUCGAUACAGUUUCAGCAGUACAUGCUUUGUUUCCAUUGCUUGGUUUACUCAAAGUCAAUGGAAAGCUCGUCACUUUGGGGUUACCUGAGAAGCCUCUUGAGCUACCAAUCUUCCCUCUUGUUCUCGGAAGGAAAAUGGUGGGAGGAAGUGACAUUGGGGGGAUGAAGGAGACACAGGAGAUGCUUGAAUUCUGCGCUAAACAUAACAUAACGGCAGAUAUUGAAUUGAUUAAGAUGGAUGAGAUUAACACUGCGAUGGAGAGGCUUGCUAAGUCUGAUGUUAGGUACAGGUUCGUGAUCGACGUCGCUAACUCCUUGAGCCCUCCAUGACUUAGCCGAAUCUAAGAGUUGACCCUGGAGGAGUUUGUUUCUUGUGCUUCUGUUGUGUUCGGUGUUAUCUUUGUUUUCUACUGUUAUGUUUUAGUGAACUGGUUUCUUCUGAAACAAGUCACCUUAAGUUGUCAGAGAAUUUCUCUCUGUUUUCCUUUUCA